AUGACAUCCUUAAGACUGGACAUUGACAAAUCUUUCCAUGGAUGCGAUCAGAACCUUGAACUGAAAAAAGCUUCUUGCCGCAAUAAAGACCUGGACACGGUUCCUCAGAAUCUUUCUGAGGAUACGGAGGUGCUUGACUUGUCUCAGAACAAUAUCACCAAACUCUUGAACUCAUCGUUUGAAGUAUACCCUCUAAUCUACUUCUUGGACAUUUCUUCUAACGAUGUAAGAGCGAUAGAAUCCGCCGCUUUUUACCCCUUCAAGGGCUUAAAGGACCUGCUUCUAGCCUUUAACCCGCGUCUUGUGCUUCCAGCAACAGGCGUCUUUAUGAUGUCUACACAGCUUUCCAUUCUCGAUUUAACGUCAUCAAACUUGAAGUCGCUCCCCAAUGACACUCUAAAUUGGAGUCCACACCUGGAUACUGCAUAUCUGUGGUUCAACCAGCUCUCCUUCAUCAAUGUAAGUUCUUGUGGCAUGGCCGACACUGUAGACAUGACUGGUAAUCGACUACAACACCUUACGGCGAGGGAUUUCACCUUUGUGUGCCACACUGAUACUCUAGAUCUUUCAGAAAACCCUAUCCAAUCAGUAGACCCUCAUGUGAUCGCAUCACUACAUGUUCGCUCCUUGGUGCUAGGUGGCUACCCUUUGAGUUACGAGGUGUUGGCGAACAUCAUCCUCGGAAUCUCAAAAUCAAACAUCGGAAAGCUUACAAUCUCGAAAGGCUCCGUUGGAGCGUUUCCUGAUGGUUUCUUUGAUCUUCUGCGCGAUUCUUCUCUCUCUGUUCUGAGCUUCAUCUACAACGACCUGAAUAGUUUCCAUCCUUUAGUCUUCUCAAAUUUGACAAAACUCAAACAAUUCACUCUUAGUUAUAACAAUCUCCCAAUAGACGAAAUUCAACCAGACUUUUUCGAGGGCAUGAAGGCAUUAAAGGUACUGAGAAUCGACGACAACAAAUGGCUUAUUGAUUGGUUAAAUGAACCUAUACGCCUGAAAAACAAGGACGAAACUAUCGAAGAGACUCCAGCAUCUCUGGAGUCUCUUCGUAAGAAACCCCUGCUUGAUUUUGAACCAAAUGAACUCUGUAUAAUAAACAAUGGUCUAUUCUCUCUGAUUCCCCUCGUCUCCAUUAGCUUGGUUGUAAUCAGCGUACUGUUGUAUCACUACCGAUGGCAGUUGAGGUACAAACUCUAUCUCUUGAAACUGGCCGUUUUGGGAUUUAAAGAGAUGCGAGACGCUCGAGACCACAAUGACUACGAGUUUGACGUGAACAUCAUUUUCUACGACGAUGACGAAGAUAACGAAGAAUGGAUUCGCGAACAGCUUCGACCGGCUCUCGAAGAACGGCUUCCACAGUUUCAGAGGAACGUCUUUGGUGACCAAGACCUUGUGGUGGGUAUGCAUUACUUAGAUUCCGUCGAUUACGUGGUGAGCCAUAGUUACAAGACCAUCAUAGUGCUUAGCAGAGCUGCUGUGCACGACCACUGGUUCAUACUCAAGUUCCGUACGGCCAUGGACCACGUGAGUGACACUUUGACUGAAUUCGUAGUUGUGGUUUUCCUCGAAAACAUCCCAGAUGAUGAAAUGCCAUUCUUGGCGAGGUUGUAUCUCAGUGAUGGCAGACCCUAUAUCCACUGGACUGAGGACGUGAGAGGGCAAGAUUAUUUCUGGGAUGAAUUGACCAAAAAUCUGACCAUUAAUCUAAGAACGAAUGACUUGAUCCCAAACGAGUAG